AUGGUAUCAGCAGCUGCUAGAGCCGCGCGCCUCUCAGCGAGCCGUGUGGGCUCGUCAAGCCUCAUCGCAAGGUCUGUCACCUCCGCCCCUCGUCAAGUAGUGUCGCGCAGCCAAUCCACCUUCUCGUCGUCAUCCUCCUCCUCCUCAUCGUCUUCCUCCUCAUCGAGAGCCAGCCGUGCCACCCUCGUCUUCGCAGGCGCCUCCCUCGCAGUAGCAGCCGCUCUCUCCUCUCACAAGCUCCACGCAGAGUCCGACUCCUCUCGCCCCGCCAAGCGCCAAACCUUCGGCGAUCGUCUGAGGGCGAACCGGGGUGGCAACAUCUCCAUUCCUCGACCGGCGGCGGCGGAAGAGGAGGAGGAAGAAGAGGCAGGAGAGGAGGUGGAAGAGAUGGUAGACGAAGGUGUCGAUACUAUUGCCCAGGUUGUGGCGGAGGAUGCGCCUCUGGAAGAGGAGGGACAGCAGAGCGCUUAUGAUCCUUCGACUGGGGAGAUCAAUUGGGACUGCCCUUGCCUAGGUGGGAUGGCCCACGGACCCUGCGGCGACCAAUUCAAGGACGCCUUCUCGUGCUUCGUCUACUCAGAGCAAGAGCCAAAGGGUAUCGAGUGUGUAGAGAAGUUCAAGGCAAUGCAGGACUGUUUUAGGAAGCAUCCGGAGGUCUACAGGGAGGAGUUGGAGCAGGAAGAAAGGGACGAGAUGGAGUCUCUCGUUGGAGAGGCAGAGACUGCCUUGGGUAUCGAGCGUAAGGCCACGCUUGAUGGCAUCGCCUCCGCAGAGUGA